AAACUCAAUCAGCUGUGGCACUCACCGUUUUUGGCGCGUAUUUAGAGUAGACCUUUAAAUCCACGGCUAUCAGCAGCUGGUUCGAUCAGGUUUGGUUCGGCUCCUCCGGAAUCGACGGUCUUUCUCUACGAAUCCUUUGUUCUACGCGGUUUACGCGCGCAAAUUGUGAAUGAUCGGGUCGUCUCCAUUCACAGCCCGCACCAGAACUCGGCCUCAGUCCUCGAAGAACCGUCCCGAAGUGCAGACCAGUCGACCAGCUCUCUUCUCCAGUGCCUCGUGGCCUCGCCGGAAGUAAGUACAAAGUGAAAACGACAAUGUCUGUCAGCGAAGAAACACUCGAGCUGAUGAAGGCGGCCAUCCGGAACGGCACCAACCCGGACGGAACUUUGGUGCGAUCGAAGCUCACGAACAUGCUGGUGUGGAAGUCGGCCGAGCAUGACGCGGACGAUCCGUACCUGCAGUGUUUGGUUCCGGCCCUGUUCACGGACGAAGUCCCGAUCCUAACCGUGCCCGAGGAAGAUCUGCAGCAGCAGCUGCUGCCGCCGGUGCCAGUGCCACAACCGCUGAAAGCAGCGCAGCCACUUCCGGUUCCGAAGCGCGGAGGACGAACCGUCCUGGGCGAGAUUCUGGCGCCGAACGGGCAGACGAAGAAGCCUGGCCUGGCGGCCACCGGCGAGAAGAUUGGCAUGAGCAUGAAGCCGCAGACCGCGAUCGCCACCAGCGUGGCCAAGCAUGAGAAGGAAAACAAACUCAACUGGCAGGAUCAGUGGGAGCUGCUGAAGAAGUCCGGACAGUUUUGCAACUUUUGCAAAAAGAACAAGGAACUCCGUGAAAUCUACCAGUCGCAUGACCUGAAGGGACCCGACGGAACGGUCACCUGUCCGGUGCUGAAGCGCUGUGUUUGUCAGUGUUGCGGCGAGCAAGGCCACACCAUCGCUUAUUGUCCCCGGAACGCGACGGGUACCAGCAUCCUCCAGAUGAUUAACCAUCACAAUCGACUGUGAGCCUCUCGUUCCGGCAGGUAGGAGCUAUGAGCAGGCUAACUUUGCACGAAACUAGAAUGACGCGUCCGACCGACUUUUUACCCGCUCUUAUUUGAGCUUCGCGUGUUUUUUUGGUCCCUUAAAUGUUAUUUAUUCUUAAU